CCCUUGGCCUGCAGCUCUUCCAUAAUGUGCUUUUAGAUUCAGGAAGCGUAGUCUUCGAAUGCGCUUUCGAGCUGAACCGUCGCCGUCGCCGUCGCCGUGGGCGAGAACCGAGCGCGCGCUGCGCGCGGCGGGAGUAUCUGCGGCGGGCCGGUCAGCACGCUCGAGCGCCUCGGCGAUGAGCACGGCAACGACAGUUUUGCUGCUGCGGUGCGCUCCAGCGGCAGCAGCACGAUGUUUCCCAUGGCUAUCUCAAGUCUCCCGCGACUCCUCCUUGCUCGCCAUGUUGCAGGGAAGGAAACAGUCCUUUUGGAAUUCGGUUGCAUCUUCCUGCACUCCACCAAAUCGAUGAACAGUAGGGAGCUAGGAAUUGAAAUUAGGUUUGAUUUCCUGCCAGACCUUUGUAUUGUGAUAGUGACCUAUGGAUAAUCAAUUGCCCGAUUUACAUGUUCGAGUGCUCAUACGUCACGCAGUAUGCAGUAUGUACACAACCUGGAGGCUGCACAUGCUGAAAUUGGAAAUUUGGAUUACCUAGUAGCAGCUACAAUUGGGCAUCACUUUCACACGCUUCUUUUACACCUGUGUGGAUGAGUUGCAUGACCCAAGCCAAUUAGUCUUGUCAAAGAUCAAGGAAGUCCACAAAUCUUUAUAGCAGGGUCAUUGAUGUAUGUCCACAUCAGAACUGAUGGUAUAUGCUGAUGUGCUUGGUUCUAGUGAAAAACAAUGUGCUCAAGUCAACCACAAUGAUAUCUGGCAACAAGUCCUUCCACGAGGGGUUAGCCGGUGAAGACUAAAGAAGUAAAGAGUAUGCAGGAAACCUCCGCAUACCCAUUGGUAGGCUAUUUGCUAUAAUACGGGGUGUUUUCUUGUCUCUCAUCUCAUGGGUUCAGCAAAGGGAAUUGCAAUUACCACCAUGCAGCUGGUAUUGAUAUGGAGCAUAACAUCCACCAUCAUGUUGGUCGCAUCCGGAGCUCGUCCUCCCUCUGCUGCUAGUCUUGCGCACUGCCCCAAAACCUGUGGAAAUGUCAGCAUCUGGUACCCCUUUGGCAUCGGGCCUGGCUGCUUCCGACAGGGAUUCGAGGUCACCUGCAAUAGGACCACCAAACCUUGGAAGCUCUUCUUGGGUAACACCACCACUCAGGUGACCGGCCUCUAUCCUUCAGGAACUGUCCUUGCCUCUUUUGUGUACAACAUCCCCAUGGCACCAGGUGUCAGCACCUACAACCUGUCCUGGCAGUCUCCAGGGCGGAACCUCAACAUCGAGUCUUACAAUUACUUUGCGUUCCUCGGUUGCGGAAUCGAGGUCUACCUGUUCCAUCCAGCCACCGGUGACCUUGUAGGCCAUUGCACAAGCAAGUGUUCCUCCAUGGCGGCUAUGCUGAUAGCAACAGGAGGAGGGAGCUGCAAUGGCAUGGGUUGUUGCACUGUCACGUUCCCGGUGCCAUUUCGAGGAUUUAGAGUGACUAUCAUUAAGAACAACGAUAAAGUACCACAACCCUUCAGUCAUAUCACCGUCAAGGCUUUCUUAAGCUUCCGUCCAUAUAAGUUUAGUAUUAUGGAUCUCUUAUCCGAUACAAUAAAUGCAAGUAUCGUUGGUUCUUCAUGGGCAUACCUCUCAACCGUUAUCGCAGAUGAACCCAACUGUAAAAGGGCCCAGUUGGAUAAUAAGGCGCAGUAUGCAUGCAGCAGUAGCAAUUGUAUGGAUGUACAGAAUGGAGGCUACUCUUGUGCUUGCUCUAGAAAUUUUGAUGGAGGCAAUCCUUACCUUCUUGAUGAUUGCAAACAAGAGUAUAACCCAACCCCAAAAGCAAACUGUUCUCGAUCAUGUGGCAGCACAUAUAUCCCUUUCCCUUUCGGGCUGGAGCCAGGCUGUUUUGCUAAAAGGAGAUUUCAACUGUAUUGCACAUCCAAUCGCACUCUUAUUGCAAAACCACCUGCAAAAUAUGAAGUGACAAAUAUUUCAUUAGAUGAAGGACUCAUGUAUGUCAAUAAGCUUUCAGAAUCUGAAGAUGCCAACACAAAUUAUUUAUCAAUAUACUAUGGUGGUUCUGAUUAUUUUGGCCAGCAGUUAAUUUACGGUUUGGAGAAAUCUGGCUUAUCUGAAGAGUAUGGUGCUUGGAGCUGGUCAAUAACCAAUUUGACAUGUGAAAGUGCAAAACAAAACAGUACUUACGCAUGCCUCAGCAUAAACAGUGAGUGCCUUGGUGUUACACAUGGGACGAUCUAUAUUGGUUAUCGUUGCAAGUGCUCUCCUGGUUUUGAAGGAAAUCCUUAUAUUCAAAAUGGAUGUACAGAUAUUGAUGAGUGCUUGAUACCAAACUACUGUAAUGGGAUAUGCUAUAACUUCCUUGGAAGUUAUAGCUGCUGCCCUCAUGGUGUAUCUUUUGAUCCAGUAAGAAGGCAGUGCACUUCUAGUAAACGGCAAAAUAUUCUUUUGGGGACUGCUGUUGGAAUUAGCAGUGGUUUUGGAGUUCUACUUUUUACAUUGGCUGCUAUUGUAUUAGUUAAAAGAUGGAAGAGAGGCAGUCAAAAGAAAAUCCGAAGGGCAUACUUUCGGAAAAACAAAGGCCUACUCUUGGAACAGCUGAUCUCAUCAAGUGAAAGUGUUACACAUAACACAAGAAUAUUUUCCUUGGAAGAGUUAGAGAAAGCAACCAGCAACUUUGACACAACACGUAUCAUCGGACAUGGAGGCCACGGCACAGUUUACAAGGGUAUUUUAUCUGAUCAACGGGUAGUUGCCAUCAAAAGGUCCAAAAUUGUGGAGCAGAGUGAGAUUGACCAAUUUGUUAAUGAGGUGGCCAUCCUGUCCCAGAUAAUUCAUCGCAAUGUGGUGAAACUUUUUGGUUGUUGCCUUGAAUCUGAGGUGCCUCUUCUUGUGUAUGAAUUCAUCUCUAAUGGCACACUUCAUGAUCUUCUUCAUGGCAAUCUGAGCGCCAAAUGCUGGUUAACAUGGGAGGAUCGUAUCAGGAUUGCUCUAGAGGCUGCAGGAGCACUUGCUUACCUACAUUCUUCUGCUGCUAUGCCAAUCUUUCAUAGAGACGUGAAAUCAACUAACAUACUCUUGGAUGAUGCUUUCACUACAAAGGUUUCAGACUUUGGUGCUUCCAGAUCCAUUUCCAUUGACCAGUCUCGUGUGGUUACAGCUGUGCAGGGGACAUUUGGGUACUUAGAUCCAGAGUAUUAUUACACAGGCUUAUUAACUGAGAAGAGUGAUGUUUAUAGUUUUGGUGUGAUACUUGUUGAGCUCCUAACAAGGAAGAAGCCGAUUUUCCUCAACUGCCUUGGUGAAAAGCAGAACUUACAUCAUUAUUUCCUUCAAGCGCUAAGGGAUAAAACUACUAUGGAUGUGGUGGAUUCACAAGUUGUGUUGGAAGCCAGCCAAGGUGAAAUUGAUGAGAUUGCCUUGGUUGCAGAGAUGUGUUUAAGGACUAAAGGAGAAACGAGACCUAAAAUGAAAGAAGUGGAGUUAAGAUUGCAGCUCCUAAAAGCUAACAUAUCUAAAACAUGCAAAAAGGGGUCAAAAAGGGGCAGAGAAACCAAGCAGUCAUUAUCCUCGGAGUAUAGAUCUACUUCCCUGACCAUGACCAAGGGAGCUGAAAUUGGGCUUGUUGCUAAUCCAUCAUCUCAGGCUGUCUCUAGGUGCUACACUAUGGAGCAAGAAAUGAUACAUUCUGCUGAGUUUCCUCGUUGACUGUACGGUUUGGCAUUUUGGGAAGGAAAUUCAGCAUCAGCUUGGGCUUAGACAAGGUGUUCCCUUGUCUCCUAUGCUAUUUGUGAUCAUUAUGGAUGUUUAUGAAGUGGCAUAAUUCAGGAGGCGAAUGAUGAGGGUUUGCUGCAACCUUCAUCUCACCUUCCACUUCAUCCCCUCGUUUCUAUCUAUGCAGAUGAUGUAGUUCUAUUUCUUUGACCAGUGGCUUUUGAUUUGGAAUUAAUCUUGGGUAUAUGGCAGCUGUUUGGUGAAAGCUUCAGGGCCCAAAACUAACAUUUUUAUAAGAAUAAUGUUGCACCGAUUCAAUUCUCUUUGGAUGAUCUGGCAGUUGUGCAGCAGCACCUCCCAUGCGACAAAAAGGAUUUUCCUUGUAAAUACCUCGGCGUGCCACUCUAUCAGGAAGCUGGCAAGGGCACAAAUUCUACCAGUCAUUUAUCAUAUCUCUAACCAAUUCCAGGGGCUGGAAAUCUGAUUAUAAUGUCCAGGCGGACAGAUUAGUACAAUUCAAGUAUGUGCUCACCUUGAUGGUAUAUUUUCCUGCUGGUUACAAGGAGGGCAUCUCUUUGGGUGCGGUAAACUUCUUCAGGCUUGCUGGUCUGCUGUUCGGCAUCUAUUAUGAACAGCCAACCAUAGAAAUAAUCAAUAUUUUUUUGGAGCCCAAGUGUUCCAAAUGAAUCUCCAAGCGUCAAAGGAAGUUGAUUCUAUGAAAAAGGCUUCAUAAGCCGAUUUAGCUGUGUACUGUCCUGCUGAAGAGAUUUUCCACCUGUACUCAUCCUGACACUCUGGUUGGAGGACCACUUCUGGCAGAAGUUCCUGAAUGUUCAAAUAUUCAGACAAUGCCACCACUGACAGAGCUCUGGGGGAAAAGGGUAAACGCUCCCAUGGUUUGUUACUCAAAUGUUGAAAAUACUGAUUAGGAUUUAGGAUUCUGAUGAUUAAAAUAAUAUCCAGUUGAGGCAUUUUGUAAUUUUUGGGACAUGACAAUACAAUCUUUAAGUGUCUAGUUCUAAAUUUUCCUACUCCAA